UGAUUGUUUAACUAUAACGCUCGUUGUUGACUAUAACUAACAAGUGACAGCUCAUAAGUGUUAUUGAAUUGAAACGAUUGAAAUUCGGUUUUGCAAUUCUUCGCGUUAUAAGUUUAAUAAUUUCCAGUUAGCACUCAUGUUACUGAAAUGGAAAUAAAAAUGUGCUUAUAUACUCUUCGUCAGUGUAUGUGUAUCCAAUCCACGCUUACUGAUCCACGAGAAAUGAUGAUUCCACCGUAAAAUUCUGUGUCACAAUUUUUGACUUGGCGGGGCUGUAAACAUUUUCCCCCUUAAUGCCUAUUAGUAGUUUGCUUUACGAGAAAAUGUUGUUAGCCGGCAUGUCACAAAGGUUAUGUCAAAUGAAUGAAUGAAUCAAUCAAUCAAAGAAAGCCAGACUAUUUUGCUAAUGUUCACACAUGUAGCAGCCCUCAGUGGUUAUCAUGGGGUGAGGCAAGGGUUAAUGUUUUAACCCCAGAGUAUGUAGUUAUCAAGUGGUUUGGAGCCUAUUACACUUAACUAUUACAGGUUGUGAUGUUUAAUGACCCACCAAACAAUCAUGAUGUUCAAGGCAAGAAAUCUCCUCUCAAGGUUUUGGUAAAUUUGUUCAAGAGAAAGAAACAUAAUGUCGAGGACAUUAUUAGGGUCAAAAGCAGCACUCUAGACUCCAUGGAUAAACAAACUCAACAUUCAGAUGGGAAGAACUACUGCAGCGGGAUGGGGAGUCGGGUGCCCUCGACGCUGUCCGUUGCGUCAGUGAACAUAGUCGUGCAGCCUUCGUGCUGUCCCCCGGCCUCCCCCUCCAUCUCCACCGUCACCCUCACCCCGGGACGCACGCGGGACAUCGACCAGGACAUGCAGGCCUUGCGGCUGUCGCGUCAGGACAACCCCUUCCUGCAGGUGUUGGCCAGUCGUGAGAGCCUGAUAGAUAGUCUGGAUGAGCUAGAGUCGGACGAUGCCAUCCUCAUGUCUCAGGAGUUCCCGUCGGACCUGGAGGUGGACCCUCUGACCCUGCCAGAGAUCCACGAACACAUGAUCCGCAGCCCGCCGCCCGUCACCUGGCCCAAGUCGCCCAGCUACAAGGUGUUCCGGUUCCCUGGCCAACCAGGAGACACCGACUCCAGCCAGGACAGCCUGCAGCAUUGCGACAGGCACUCGCCCAUGAAGGCCAUGUCGCCGCGCCACUCCCGGGCGAGCCUCUCUGACUCUGUGCGCGAGCUGUCUGCGGAGGUGCUCAGCUCUACUCAGGCCGUCAUGUCUCCUCGGCUCGGCAGCUCACCGCGCUCUCACCAGCGCUCUGAUCGCAGCUCAAACCCGUUCCUGUUGCUCAAUCCGGAGGUGCGGAGGAUUCAUGGCCGCCACUCGGACGACAACGUGCAGCUCAUGUCCCAAGGAGAGGAGUUUGAGUCUCGGGAGGGUCCUUCAAUCGACCUGUAGCAGUUGUUCGUGAGUCAGUACUCGUCUAGUCAUAUCGGGCGGAAUGCCUGCUGGUUACCAGGAAGUCAUCUUGUCUUGCCAGUUCACCUCUCGUAUCGGGUGUGCUAUGUUCUCUUCUAAGUAUUUACAUAUUUAUGGGCACUAAAGGUGUAAAUCAUGUUAUUUUUUUAUUAUUUAUUUUUCCUUAUUAUUUUAGUUCAGUUGUGAGGUAAAUGAGAUUUUAGGUACUUUAUUACAAGAUGUUAAAAAUAAUUGUACCACCUGUUUCUUGGGAAAAAAAAAUGGUUUAGUGUUUACUGUGAGAUAACAUUGUGAUAAUAAAACAGAAAUCUUCAGACUUUUUGGAAUUUCUGAAAAAUCUGCGGUGCAUAAAAUUUAUGUUCAAAAAGCUGGGAAUUUUUUGUGUUUACAGUUUAUGGGUUCUACUUGAUUGUACCAUUGCGAGUUUUAUGUUAAUUUUGUUUAUUUUAAUGUUGAUUCUGGAAUUUUUGGGUUUAGAUCAAUUGCAUUGGAAUCUAAAAAAAAAAAAAAUCAGGAUUAGAAUGUUUUUGGAAUAAAAGUGUUAAUAAAUUAUUUUAAUAGAGCUGAAUAUUAAUAUUGGGGGUUGUUGUAAUGAAAAUUCAGUUCAUAUUACAGUACCCACUAGAAAAAAUAACAUUUUUUGAUGUUGGAAUCAUAAUUAAAUUUAAUUGUACAGACAAUUUUUCUCAUUGUUUAGAGGUCAUAGUGAUUUACCACUGCACAUUACAUGAACUUACAGAGUACAUUAUUCCAUAGGAUUAAAACCACUGCAGAAUUAUGUAAUAACAAUUUUUAUUACUUUCAUUUGUGUAUUAAAAAUAAUAAAAAAUAAACUUACACAAUAAUUUAUAAUAACUAAUACAAUCUGUCAAAAACCUGUCACAAAGUGUACGAUUCCCAGUUAUUUGUGAGAGUAACAUGUAAAUUUCUUUUUUUGAGUUACUAGUUAGCACUAAAUUACGCAAUUUAAAGCAUUUGAAAUCAUCCGUAAGAAUCUGUGUUUCUAAUUUUUUUGGCAAACACUUGGUUCAAGACAUAUUUGUGUACACAACUAAUAUUUCACGAACAUUAAGCGCUGCCUUUUCUUUCAGUGCUGAGGUGAAAUUUGAGGGUGAUGUAUUCAUAAGCUGUGUUUAGACAUUUGUAUGUCGAAAAUUCCCAGCUUAGAAGAAUAAAUUUGGCAUAUUUUAAAUAGAGUGAUAAAUAUUGUUGAUACUUAAGAUGUCUCUACGAUAUUGUAAUUGAAGUUAUUUUAAAAGAUGUAUUUGUUAUCUACGGACAUUUAGGUGUGCAUUAAUAGUAUUGUAUAGAGGGAAAAGAAAACUAAAAUGAAUACUAGAAAGCAUUCUAGCGAUGUCUUUUUAAGGAAAAAGGGGUUGUCUUUAAAAAAAAUAAAAAAAGAAUGAUUUCUUUGUGGUGUGAGUGCAAUUAGAUUUGUAAAUAAUUUUGCUAGCUCAAAAUGCAUAAAAUUAUAAUUACAUGUAGAAAAAUACAGUACAUAUGUAUACUUUUUAGUAUUACAAAUUUCAAUGAAUGGGCGUGAGUUUUUAUUACAUUUGUAAAAUCAAGAUAAAACAUUAUAACAAAGUCUCACAUUAAGCCAAGAUGAUCAGGAUAGAAAAGUUAUAAAUACUUAUUGUGUCAUAAUUAUUUUUAUUUUAUCAGUGAUACUUGGAACCAUGUUCAAUUACUGUUUUUUUUUUUUUUUUAGAGAUAGGUCAUAUACUGUUUCCAUGUAAUGAAUUUAUGCAAAUAUAUACCACAUAGAUACUUUUUUUUGAUAAAAAAAAAAAAUAGAGUACAAUGAAUUUUCGCAUGUUAACGAUUAUGACAGUAGUUUGAGUUUACGACAGAGUCCAUACUACUGAGACAUGGUCAUUACUAACAACUAAAGGCUUUGUGUGACUCCCUGCAGAGAAUUAUGUAACUACAAAUGGUUGUUUAAGGGUUUUUUCAUUUGCAGUUUUGUCAAGAAUAGUCUUUGAUUGCUUUCAGAUUGCAUAAUUGUCAAAAUUUUAAUUGUAUAAUGUGUCGGGUAUUCGUAAAAAAUUGGCGAAGCCUAGUGGUAGUGCAUAUCAUAUUUGCAUUUACAGUUUUUAAAACUAAAUCGUGUUACAUACAGUAUUAACACACACACAGAGUAAUGCAGUUGUAAACUAAUCCUUAGCAUUGAUUGAAUAAAUAACCACAACUUUGACUAGAACUGUGCUAAUUGUUUUUAAAAAAAAACUGCAUUUUACAAUAUUGCCAAAGUGCAAAUUCUGUAAUGCAGAUUCGUUACAACUUAAGUGCUGCUGAUGUGUAUAAACUUUUAAUGGAUAGUUCAUUGAUUCCUCAGGCAAAAUAAUUAAUAAAUGAAAAAUGUUACUUUUCUAUUAUUUGAGAAAGUUACUAAAGGGUUUUACAAAAUUGUGCCAAUAUUUGCUAAAUUUUUUGAACCUCAUAAUCUUAACAUUGACUUUGUGGUAAUUAUAGUGUGUAUUUCAUCUGACUGUUUAGGACAUCGAAACUUGUUUCUUCUGUAAUGAUCAUGUCAGAUGCAUCACAACUUUGCAAAUUUUUGUUAGUUCCACAAUGUAAUUCAAUUUAUAAAUGUCUUAUAGCAUUUUAGUCAUAAUUCAGAUGUUGGAAAGUUAAGAGUUCAAAUAAAUACAAAAUUAACAAUGACUGCACAGUUAUAAAAAUAAAACACAUGAUCAUGGCUGUAUGCACAUAGAAAAUAAAACUUCACAGAUAUAGGUAUAAGAAUGCAAGUGUGCUAGUGUGCUUUAAUACAAACAUGCCAGUGAGUCCCUGACUCCACCAUUGAGUGCCAUAAUCCUGAUUAUUGCACUUUUCAUUGCCCUCUGAGCAUUACACUUUUGUUACUCUCUGAUGAUCUUAUCUCCUCGACAUACCCUACUGGCUGUUAAGAAGUUUCUCUUCAAAAAAAUAAGCAUAUUGGUAUUAAUCUACUAGGCCUAGGACAUUUACAAUAUUGUAACCAAAACGUACUUCCCUCCUUUGCCGUUCUGUUAUGAAAGGUCAGCUAGAGCAAUAGGCAAUCACCUGCUUGCAAUUACAGCGCUUUAAAUGUCGUGCCGCCUGUCUAUAAGCAUGACUUUGCAUCUAGAUGGCGCUAGGUCGACUGUAGCCUUGAAGUUUCUUUUGAGUACAAAUGCAAUCUCUUGCUGGUCAGUCAUGUAGGAACUCAGUCGAGAGUCGGAAGAAGCUGCAAGGCUCCCAGUUCUUCAGGGCUUCCUCACUCCUUAACCACCAGACACGGGCAGCGGAACCGUGAGGCUAGAGGGAGUGAAUGCUCGGAAAGACUUGUGAAAAGUUUUUCAAAUUUGUCAUCAACAAACUGAUUACUCACCAAGUAUUACACCCAGCGUUCUGCUACACUUCAAAACUUUAUCCAGCAGGAUAUAAGUAUUUUUUGCACAUCAUCGAUAAAACUGUCCUUUUAAAAUAUGUAAAAUACACUACUGGGAGAACUUAGCGUUUUGGCACAUGAAAAUUCAGAUUGUGGUAUAUGGCAACAAUGCCUAGCAGUAAGUUAGGAAAGUAAGUGGGCUUGUAAAGUUGCACAAGGUAGGGAAAAUAGCAAUGGAAAUCAAAACUUUGUGUGAAGGUGGCACAGAACUUGCAUUCUCGCCUGUGUCUAGUGCAUGACACACUUUCAUACAAAGUCGAGCAAUUUCCAUUUUAAGACGAUGUCUUUAGAAAAUCGAGUGAUUGUAUAUUGUCAAGUCAGGAACAAAUUCACGUCUGCAGACAUGCUUUUGAAACUAAAUUGCAGAACUUUUGACUCCCAUUUGAAAUGGGAGACAUGAGAAAAUUCUUAGACAAUGUUGCGCAACAAUUGAUAGUGUGGACAUUUUGGCAGACAGGGCCGCCAGUUAUUCUCUUUGUGCCGUGGAGAAUGCUUUGUCUAUUAAUUUUUUUACGUUUGCAGGCAUUGUCAGAUUUAAUCUUCAUUGGAGGUCAAGUAUAAAUAUCACUUAUAUUGGUCAGCCAAAGCUUGUUACAAAAACAAUGAAGAUAUCCUAUGCAAAAAGUUUUUUUUUACGUACUGCUCAUUACUGAAACGCACAAGUGAACUAUGUAUCAUUAUGUAAACAACUGCAAGUACUGUGAGCUAGUGCCAAAUCUGAGACAAAAAAAAAUGGUUGCAACAAACCGUCAAUGUCACUGAUGUCUUCACUUAUAAAUGAAAAACAAUUUUUGGAGGAGAUGUGAAGCACACAGAAAACCGUUGUCAAACAGGGAUAAAAGAAUCAUUUCACAGUGAAAUAUAAACCAAACUGAAACCAUUACAGUUAUAAUGGUAUGGUCUGGCAUACCUUUUUGUUCUGGAUUUUAACAAUAACAUAAGAAGAGAUAAAUGAGGCACAAAAAUGAAAUAUUUGAAGCCCCUCAAAAAGUGAGUAGCUGAAAAUAUUUACGAUGACGAAACACAUGAGUGGUGGAGGAAACUUCUCAGAAGUGUGAUUUCCAUGGUUGCAGGUAAACUGUCUCUUAUAUCUGGACAUUGACCAACACACUGCUACAAAUAGGUAUAACCCCUUCCUCAACUUCCGUUAAUAAAAGAUAUUGAGAACUAUUCAAGGUUUACUGACAAUAUGCAAAGGGAAAAAAAUGUAAACUUAUGAAGAAAAGAGAUUUCAAAUUGUUCAGUUAUCAUCGUAGCAAGUUUUCCACCUAGGUACGUAUGUAGCACCAGUGACCUUGAAGUUGAAGUUUGCAUGGACAAUUGUUUUUUAAUAAAAAAAUUGUAUUUAAAAAAUAAUAAUUUUUAUAAUUUGAAAAGUUCAUGCAAUAUUUAAAAUGUCUAUUCAGAUAGAAUUGUGAAAUAAAAUUAUAUCACCAAAUUAUCUAAAAACAUACUGCCCCUCCAUCCCCCUUCCCUUCUCACCCCGUACUUUAUGCCCCUGGCACCAGGGUUAUCUCUUCCUUCAAAUCCCUAGGAGUUGACUGGUAUUGUCACCUCUCAACGAACAUUUCCAUACCUCGCUCAGGUGACACAUACCCAGUCUUCUCUCAAAGCCAGGGGAACUCCAGCAGCCAGCGCAUACACGCCGACCUUUCAAUAGAGAGUGUAGACCGCUGCAUGGUCAGUUGCCUUUCAUCUCUCUCCGAGGGCUGCCAACAACACUACUACUGUCAGCUCCCUCACUGCUGGCACAAUGUAAGUCUCAGUUAUUGACUGGUAUUUGUAUGUGCUGAUCAUUUCGGCAUUUUUUCUUGUAUUCUCUCUGUUCAUUUGUGGGCUCACAAAUCCAAAAAGUUUUUACAAUCUUGCAUGUGUCAUCAUUUGAAGUAAGGCUAUUAGAUUGGGACAUUUUGCUUUCUGUGUAAUAUUUCCUAGCUAAUAGCCUUUACACCAUUUGCAGUCACUUAAACUGUCCUCACUGUCCACCCAAGACAUUUUUUUUUGGCAUUCACACCUUAUGUCACAUGCUACAUGUCGUCUACGUCCGCGAAGCAGUCCACUUGGAGAGUGGAGGCGUCGCUGAGUUCUUGAGGCUCCCAAUUCACUGACUUCCCAGCCUAUAGUGAAGCUACCAUGCAGUUUCUGACUGCUCACUUGUCCCAACACCAAAAGUGGAUGGUUCAUCACAAAAGCAUGCGCACAAAGGGACCAGCAGUUCUGAAACUUUCCCUGAUAAAACCUGGAAGAUAUAAGGAAACAGCUAAAAACUGAGUGAAAGAUUUACUAUAAACUGAAAUUAUGUAAUCAUAUUGCAUUAAUUAUAUACAUUAAGAGAAAAUUUAUUUCAUUUGGUUCUACAUUUUAGUUGUACAAUUCUUUGCAAUGCCUUUACUGCAGACAGUCCUCUUAACCAUUUUUUUAUUUAUCAUUGGUUCAAUGUCUGCUUGGGUUAGUCUCUCCUUUAUCGUGAUGUCAUUUUAGGUUCAAUCUGCAAAUGUGUCAAAAUUAUUUUUCUGUGUGUGUUAAUACUUGGGUAUUUAUGUUUUGUAAUAAUACCUUGUCAUAAUUGAUUGAACCUUUAUUAUUUUGUGACACAUUGUGUACAUUUUUAUAUGCAUUUAUUAAAGUCUGUUGUAAGUUUGCAAUAGACUGUAUAGGUAUUUAUUCUGUACUUUAUGGUGCUUUAAAUUUUGGACGUAGCAUUAUUUUUAUUUUCAUAGGUCAGAUAGUUCUAGUAUUUUUCUUGCCAAUGAAAAAAAUAUACUGCAUCUUUGCAGUACUGUUACUUGCUAGUACUCAUGUGUUUUUAUAUUUAUAUUUAGUUAUUUUUUGAUUAAUUUGUUCAAAUCAUUAGUAUUAAAAGUGGGAGUUAGCACGAAAAAUAUUCUAGUCAUCAUAAGGAGUGCCAUAAUAAUGUUACAAAUAUUGAAAAUAAGCCUUUUCAAAGAUUUUAGUGAUAUAUGAUAUUACAUUUACUGAAGUUAUUUUAACAGGUAGAUAGUGUGAGAUACACAAGCCAUCUUGCUUAAUCAUUAUUUAAACUAUUUUGCUCUCUCUUGCAAUACUAAACAUUUAGUUAAUGUUUAUGCAUCAGGUUAUUCCAAAGCAAGGCAUCUCUCUACUUGGUGCAGUUGAGCAUGUUCCAGAAACUGGUUAUUUACUUAUGACAUGGUGUUGCUUCUGUGUCCAGUUUCAAUAUUUUUUUGUUUCCUGGCACUGGACCUAAAAUGACUGGAUCUUAGGAAAGGUGCACAAAUUUAGUUUUGUGCUAUCAAGUAAUGAUGAAAAUGUAAUAAUUCUGUUCAGUGGCGGCCAGUAAGGGAAAUGAGACUUGUGCUGUGAAACACCUAUGGGAGGAGAGGGUGUCACAAUUAAUAGAGUGGGGGUUUGUGUGAAAUGCUGCUAUCAAUACUAACAAAAACCUAAGUUGUUAUACAAUGAAACAGUAUAAUAUGUGUUACAACAGCUAGAUAGCAUUUGAUAACCAGUGUAUUAAACGUGAGGCCGGUGUUUCAGCAUGAUUGCAGUUCUUGCUCACCGCCACUGAUUCUGUUUCAGUUGCCAUUUCAUUUGGGAUUUACUGUCAAUCGUCCAGUUUUGUGCAUAUCUGGUGCCUCGUACUGUUUUACUUUGCAUGGCUAUUCGAGAAGGCUUUAAGUUUAAGAAGACCCUGGGACCCACUUGGUUAUAGUGUCCUGCAAACCACUUGAUUAUUAACAGGAUGAGGCUUUGACUCAAACUGUUACAUAUCCUUUCACUUUUAAUCACAUGGAAAAAAAAAAUUUUUGUGUUGAACAUGUUUACAUUGGCAAAAAUUGUGAACUUAGUAAAAAUGUUUACUAGAAUAUGUGUAUUACUAUACAUGAACAAUUAAAAAAAAAAAUUAAAUCAAAUAUAUUGUAUGGUUGAUAUAGAUGAGCUAUACAUACAUAUACGAGCUAUACAUAACAUAUACAGAUAUGACUGUCAUAAAGUUUGCUCGCACACUUUGACUUGUCUUAACUAAGUUGUUAACGGUACCAAGGAAAUCGUGCACUCACAAGAAUAACAGGGUUAACUGCGCCCUCACAUAGUUGUUACAAUCUCUCGGUUUGAAUAAUUAAAAUUUAAAAUAAUUUGAGAUAGUCCAGUGAUAUAACAGUAUUCUGUUUCUUGUGUUUGAAAAUUGCAAUACUGUAUCUGUAAAAUCUAAGUUCGUUAGUAGUAUUCCCAGUGAUUCUUCCGAACCAAGAGUAGCUCAAUCAUAUUUGUAACAGGUGUAUUCUGCUUCCGGCUUUAGUGCCUUUAGAAGGUGCAGAAAUUUGGAUUAAGACAAACUUUGUUCUUAAGCUUAUUGUUCCACCCUUCAACAGAAUUGUGUUUGGGCAAUGGUAUGAAUUGCUAAAGACAUUGAUGAGAAUAUUUGGAUUUUCUAGCCAUUGGUGCACAAAGUGGUCAAAUAACUCUGUUAGUUUCUCUCCUCCUGGUGCUGUAGUGUGAUUUUGGAGCCGCCCAUCUUCAACAUCCUCGCGGGGUUUCAUUGUAGAGUUUCACAUGCAUACGUGAAGCCUUACCUCUUCUUCAUUCUUGCAGUCCUGCACCAAUCCCAGUCUUGAACCUUGUAACAUAAACACUGGUUGAAGUGGAAAAUGCAUCUCUUAUGGUGCAAGAUGGUAAGUUUGAAACAAGCAAAGAUACUUUCAUAAAGUUUGCUCACUCACUUUAACUUGUCAUAAUUAAGUUAAGGGUGAAGUGUGUAGACCUGAGUGAAGUGCUUGCUACACAAAGUAGUAAUGCUUUCUGUGUGCACCAUUUCUCUGCUUCAGAGCUAGAAAAAACAAGUAUUGUCGGUUCAACUUCUUCAUCUGCAUUUUCUUUCAUCUUCUUAUCAAACAGUGGUUUUCAUAGAUUACAGAACACGUUGAUAUUGUGCUUGCCACAUUACAUGGUUCAUGCUACGUUUGAAGCUGGAGUUUGCAGGAAUUUCUGUCACCAGGUUGAAUCUGAUGUCGCCGGGGGUUGUCGGGGCAUUAGAGAGACGUUAAAUAAGAAGGGUGCCACCGUGUCUAGGGGGCACAGACCCGGAUGAGACUCUUAACUCUGGGUGUGACGUCGCCCGUGUGGGGACAUGACUCGACCCCCGUACACUGCCUACAGAAUAAUUGACCUGGGCCCACUCUCAGCGAUGGGCACGCUGUGUAGUAACGUCAUGGGCUCUUAUGGUGUCCCACAAACCAACCUGGAGUGCACACGUGGUCAAACAAAAAGAGACAAAUUCAAUAGCGCUGUGAUUUAUUGUUGACUACACGGUACUAUUCCCGCUUGAGCGCGUUAAAUAAAGAACUUAAAAAUAGAUUGAAACUGUUUAAAAUCCUUGCGGCACAAUUGGUUUACAGGCUGUCCGGCCACCACGUAGUCGGACGUUACGUUCGUGGUGAUGUCUGAACUCCUUACGGAUACAAGAGUCUAGCGGCAGCACCGCUACUUCCUGCAACUGGCUGCAAUUGCCGAGCCUUUCCGAAGUUGGCCGAUCGGGAGCGCCUACGCGCGUGUUUUUUUCUCUCCAGUAUAAGCCACACAGACUGUUUAGUGGAUGGUUGGUUAUAUUAGGUAAGUAUAGCUACAUUAAAAAUACUGUAAAAUCAUUUUAUGGUUGCUUAGCAAAUAACUUUUUAAUAUGUAGCUAUCCAGCGCUAGGAAACCGUUUACAUGAUUUCACAGUAUCUUUAAUGUAGCUAUCCUAACCAAAUCAACCGUCCACAAUGUUUUAAAGUAUUUAUAAUGUAGCUAACCUAACCUAUUUGACCAUUAGUUAUCAUGUCCUUACCUGAAAAUUACAAGUUGCGUAAAAUUGCAAGGGAAUAUGAGGCAUCCCGAGAAUAUUUGUGGAAGACAGAGACUUCCUAGAUUUUAUACGGUAUGAAAAAUAUACAAAUCCACGAAGUAAGUUUCUUCAAUUAGGUAUUUUUCUCUAAAAACAAUUACAAAUAAAUACCGUUGCCUUAUUUAUGGUCUUUCCUUUUAACACCACCUCCAUAUUUAUUUACAAUGAACAAAAAAAAACCGAAGAUGCACGAUCGGACGUUUUGCUCUCUCGUCAGUGAAAAGAAGGCUUCCCGUUGCGGGAUCACGCCGCCGGCCCCGGAACGAGCGUGGGCGGUGCUGCAAUUGUAGCCAGUUGCAGGAAGUAGCGGUGCUGCCGCUAGACUCUUGUCUUACGGAUUACAAGGUAAUUAAUGAAACAGCCGACUUCGAGGUAGGCUCUGAGGAUAGCGAAAACGAUUAAGAAGAAUUACACAGAACAGUAUUACUGGAUCAGUAUAGCAAAGUUGAAGUCCUAGGAGUGCAGAGCAUGCCCUACCUCGGGUGGUGAUGGCUGCCGGGGUGGCAGGACAAUGGCGCUGCGCGCCAAGACGGAUAGUACCGUUAUUCCGAACCGUAUCGCGCCGUGGCAUACUUAAUGAAACCAAUUAAAUCACCAAACACCCUUUUACAUUUUACCCUGGCGGUCCAUGAACCACAACCACGGAAUAAUCAAGUUAAACAAUAAAUAAUUAAAGUUAUAGUAAAUGAAUGGCCUUUGGUAAGUCUGAGUCUGUAGCGGCCCGUUAGCAUUUCUGCCGAAAGGAAAACAAAUGAAAUAAAGUAUUAUGCCCUGAAACUUACAUACACAACACUAGGGAUAAUUAAAGAAAUAAAAUAAUGGUAAUAAAAUAGAAGUUAGGAGGGAACGAGGCACUGGCUCGACUCUGCCUCUUGCUGGGCGUACACACACGCACACAGGUAUACUUCGGCCACGGGAGAUUCGAAUGAACGGGACGGAAGGAAGAGGGGUAGGAGGGUGGGAACAUAUCAGGCAGGCUCUAGGGGGCGUAGCCCCGGUCGACGUCAAAUUCUUAAUUAAACAGAGGUCUAAUUACUUCGUGGUACAGCUUCAAGAUAAGCUUCUCAUUUUCUCCUGCAAUCUUCUUAGCUGCCUUUCGGUGAAUUUGGAAUUCUGUUUAUUUAGUUUGAUCAGUUGUACUGAUAAUUGCAUGCCCUCUAACUGAAGCCUACACUUUUCUCUAUGCUCUCGACUGCAAAGCCAAGUCGUUUUCUCGUUUUAGUCAUCUUGAUUCAAUAUUUAUGUCUUAUGAGUAAAGAACACUGCAUGCCCUUCUCCAUUUAGGUAAUAGUUAAUUGAUGAAUCAUGAAAUAUAUGUUCAUUCACCCUUGGUAGUGACAACAGAAACAUACAAUUGAAGGCCGUACAGAGAGAGUUUAACAGGAUGAGAAAAAGUUUUCCCACCCAUUCUGAGAAUGUUCAGCUAUCCCACUUUUCUUGCGAGGGUUCAAUUUACAUGCAUCCGUUGAUAACUCACUGUUUUUCACUAAUUGUAAGCAAUGGAGUAUGAACAAAAAAAGAUCCAAAAGCAACAGAUUGUGGUGCAGUAAGUCUGUAUUGAAAAUUUAUUUUCCAUGUGACUAGACAAAAUUUAAUUAGUUAUCCAGAAACAUACUUAAUUAAAUUUGAAUCAGUAUGUGCUGUAUACUUGACAGACAGUUCAUAAUGUGCCGCCGAGUAAGGGCAAAGUUCACUAAAUGUGCCUGCUAACGUGUGGAGGAACAGCAUGCUAUUAGUGUGCUAAAAAUAUUUUAUGUUCAUGAAUUUUGAAUGAUAAUUGCUGGAUUUUUUUGUGUAAGAGUAUAUUGCAGGAAUGUAAGUAAUGUGGGAAAUAAAAUUGUUUCAAAAAUUAAUAUUUCAAUGCUUAAUGUAGUGAAAUUAAGAGAUUAUGCAUGUAUUGAAAUCAAUCCUUUUCCUGUUGUAUUGUAUAAGGAGUUAAACUGGAAUGCCCAUGAUGCUCAUUCUUGUACUAUUUGAGGCAGCCGUAAUUGGAGCAAUUGUUGAUUAUCAGACUCUACAAAAUUAUGUAAUUAGCUGGCUGGCUGGCUGGCUGGCUGACUGUAAUUGCUUAACAUUCCAAAUCAGACAGUUAAUUACUUAUUAGGGAUAUUCAAUAGUCUGGGAUGUAAAUUUAUAAAUUAAUUACCAUUAUAUUGCUUGCUGUUAGUUGAAAACUAGGUUCUUACAAGUAUCAAACUGAUUGUUUUAUAUUCACUGGUACAGUAAACUCUGUUGAUUUAAAUUUGCCACCUUGCCAAAUAUUGUGUAGUAAGUAUUUAAUAGUUGUGAGUUACAAUGUUUUCAUGUAACAAAUUUAUUAAAAUAUCAGUACUGAAAUUUAGUCCAUUGUGAAGCUAUUGUUUCUUAUGAAGAAAGUAGAAAAAAAUAAAGAGUAUUUCAUUAGGCAAGGAUUAUCAUCAAAUUUUUAUGAGGCAGUCUCCUGCCACAACUUGUCCGAAACUGUAAGUAAAUAUAGUUAUGAAAUAGAAACAAAUUACUGUCAUAACAAUUCUGUUUUUUCACUUAUGGGUGAAAUGUGCAUAGCCUAGUUUUCAAAUAUUUCUUCAAAUGGCUCUGGAAUUAACAAAACACCAAAAACCCAAAUGUGGUAGGUGAGGUCAAGCCUUAAAACAAUUCAAGGGUCAGAUAAUAUCAUCAGUUAUCAUCUGAGCUGUGAUUGUCAAGUUCUUGUAAGACUUGCUGUCAUUACAUUUUAGGCUUAUGACUAAUGGUUUUGGGUAGCCUUCUUGUAUUAGUUUGGUUAUUUAUGUAGUAGCCAAUUAUUAUUAAUUCUUUUGUACGAACGUUAUAUUUUAUGCAAAAAUACUGAACCCAUUUUGAUUUAAGACAACUUAAUUGCAGCAAUUACAUUUUGUAAUAAUGUUCAAUAUAUGCAACACACACCCCCAUUUGUGUCUGUGUAAAGUAGUAUUUUUUUUUAUAUAUAAAUUUCAUUACUGUCCACUUUAUUUAUCAAUAUGUUUUGCUCUAAAUUAAUAGUGAUGAUCCAAGAUUGUUUUGUACAUUUGAAAUAUUAUUUAUUAAAAUUUUUAACAAUGUGAAUAGAAUUUCCAAAAUUACAUAACAUUGGGUAGUACAUUUAACAGCAAAAUAUCUCCCAAAACAGCUCAUAUCAUUGACUCAAAUGGUUGUAAGGAAGUGUAAAAAAAACAAUGACCAAGUGCUAUAUUGCUAGUUUAAGUAGUGUAGUUAUAAUUAUAGUGAAAAUUAGUAAAACACGCCAAUAAAAAGUUUUUUUUUUUUUUUUUGUCCAGACAGUAUCAAACAGUGCUGCUUAUUUCAGACAAUACAUUUACUAGAGGUAAUCAAAUAUACAUAUGGUAUUUCGUAUGGCAUCCAAGUUAUUUUGUAAGAAAGCUGAAAAUAAAAACACAAGUACAGUCAACAUUCAAUUAUUUUAGGGCAGCUAAUGGCAUAUAGAGACUUUUUUUUUCUACUCUUGAUUGUUUAUCUCUGUAUGUAAAACAAUAAAAAAUUAUAAACUGCAGUCAAGACUUGUGUAUCACUACUCAUGCCACAUGACAGGAAGGCUUGUCCGUUUGUUCUACACUAUCCCCUUUCUUAUACCCCUUUUAAUAGAGAUGAAUUGCUUGUGGGCUUAUACUGAAAAUAUUUUUCAACUCUAUUGUAAAAAGCCAUGGAAAUGCAGACAAUAUGUUGUGCACACAUCAGUGAAACUUAUGCUUAACCUGGUGACAAAGUUUUUUUUUUUUCUUUCUGUAAUUUGAAAUGUUUAAUGUUCCUGUGUGUGGUAAAAUUGGAUCUGAAGACAUGUUACUAACAUAAUUAUUGUAGGUAUGGUUAAACUUAUUUUCUUGUAAAAAAAAAGACUGAAAUUUGACUUUGUGCUGGGUACUUGCCUACAAGGUAGGCACGAUUCCUUGUUACUCUUUUGGCCACAAUUACAGUGUCUUAGUUGCCCAUCUAUCGCAUUGUUUUAUUCAGAAGAUGCCUACCUACAUCUAAACUUUCUUCUUAGAAGGCCUGGCACUGAAAAUAGACUUAUAAAUACAUUUUGCUUAAAUUUAGCUGACAUUUGGUGCGCAAGCUUUAUGUUUUAUGAAAAGACAAAAAUAUGCCAUUUUGUACACACAGAAUAUAAUUGAGAGUUUUUUUUUUUUUUUUAAAGCAACAAACACAAAUUGGACUGAAGCAUAUGUAAUUCACUUUUUUUUUGUGUGUUAAUAAAAUAACAAAAACAAGCAAUGCAUAUAUGGAUAACAAUAUAUUGCAGAACAUUUAGGUUCCCACUAAAUCUUGAAGCAGUAAUAUUUGCUGUGCAACACAUUGCCUGCAUUUUAGCCUUAGUGAAAUUUUUGUGUGGGGUUUGUUGGUUGAAUGCAUUGUAAUGAUGCUCACUGGCACGAAGUGCUUCAUGUCAAAGGAUGCAAGCCUGUGAUAAAAGUAACUAUGGAAGCUCCUUUUAAAGCAAUCGUUGAUGCCAUCAUAAACAAUGUUAACCUGAAUGGUUUGCCAGUUUGGUAUGGAUUGUCUAAAAUACUGCAUUUUUGUGAAUUAGUUUCCCAUAUUUGGCAAGAUUGCAAAAUAUUAAAGAGAUGGUAUUUGUUGCAAGCUUACUGUAAUGCAGGGCUGUGAAAUGAUAACAACAUUGUUCACUGCAAUAUUUACUGGGCAUCUUUGUGUGCAGUCACACGCAGAGCCUACAGACACACUGUCCCCUCGCGAGCUCUCCCGCUCCCGCUUCACGGCACCCCUCUGUCCGCUACCCUUCAAAACCGGUUUCAAUCCUCCCCUGCCUGACCCUCUUCUGCCAGU